AUGAACGAAAGGUCAAUAAAAGUCAGGGAGGAUGACUACAAGCGAGACAUGUACGAAAGCCUCAAGAACAACGGUAUCCUCGGAACUAUCAAAGCAAACACAAGGUCAAAGAUCAUUGAUCAACUUAGAGAGAAAGCUAAGAGAUCUGGAAGUGAGGCUGCCACAAUGAAGGCCAAACUUGAUGCCAAAAGCAACAACCUUGUAUUUAAACUUUGUAUAAGCAUGAUCAAUGAUUUUCUAAAGAAAAAUGAUAUGGCUUACUCAAUUAGUGUUUUAAUACAAGAAUCUGGAAUCGGAACACAAACAUUAACCAAAACUGAGCUUGAAGACAUACUUAAAUUAAAGGCGGAAGGACUUAUUGGAGAAGAUGAUGAAGCUACUCCUCUUGAGAAGAUAAAUACCCCAAUACUCACAGACAUUGUUGAGGCUAUGAGAAGAGGUCAUUCGAUAAGGCCAAAUCAAGUAACCUGCUCAGUUCAAACUGAUGAAGGAGAAGAAGGCCUUACACUUGAUCAGAAGCUUAAAUAAACUAGAUAUGAAAUAUAUGGAGGCAAGUGCGGCUGAAAAGGUUAUGCCUUACAAAGUUCUCGAAGAAAGAAUGAUCAAAUAUAAAAGAGAAUGUGACGAAAGAGUUACUAAAGAAGUCCAAGCAGCUGUGGCCAAAGUCAGAGAGAUCGAAAUCUCUCAUGUCAGGCUUGAAGAAGCAGCUGCUUACAGAACCAAGCUUGCUGAGUACAGUAAUGAACUUGAUUCUGUUCACAAGAGUAAAAUAAAAGAGCUCAGGCAAAGAGAGUCUGAGGUUAUCGAAAGAUGCAAAAUCAAAGAGAGAGAAGUUGAAGCUGCUGCCUUUGAACACAGACAACAAGUUCUUAAAGAUCUUGAAAUCCUUCGUGUCAAGGAAAUUGAAAGCAAAAAGACUGUAGAAAUGGAACUUAUGAUGAUCAAAAAUGAGAGGGAAAAGCUCUUCCAAAAAGAAAAGGAGGCAGAUUUAAAAUUAAAAGAUUUAAAUCUACUCAAAGUAGCAUUAGAGAAGAAGACUUCAAGUGAAAUCGAAGAAUUUAGAAGGAGGUAUGAAGGUGAAAGAGAUGAUGAGAAGAGAGACCUUCACAUCAGAAAGAUGCAGCUUGAAGAAGAUGAGCAUAGAUUCAAUCUUAACAAGGAUAAAUACCUUGUCACUGAAAAAGACAAGAGACAACUUGAGUUAGAAAAUUCAAACCUCAAAGAAAAGUUAGAGAAAAUCUCAAUGGAACAUGAGAGGAUGUCGAGAGACUAUAAUGACAUCAAAGAUCAGUUAAAGGUACUCAGCAACAAUGGGCUAAGAGAUAAUGAGAUUAUUACAUCAAAGACUGCUCAAGCAGAGACUUAUGAAAAUGAAUCAAAAACUCUUCGAGAACUACUUCAAGCUCAGAAAGACCAAAUGAAGAGUGAAAAAGAAACUAAUGACGAAAUAAUCUCAAAUUUGAGACAACAACUGAAAGAGCAAAAGGACAUUAAUAGACAGAUCAAGGAUCAAUUGAUCUCGGAAUCAGAGAGGCAAAUGGAGAACUAUAAAAAUAUCCAUAGGGCUGAAAAAGAAAAACUAAAUAGUGAGAUCAACAGCCUAAAUAGAAAGGUAGAAUGCGAGCAACAUCUGACAAAGGAGUUGACCAUUGUUAAUGAUAAGUUAGUCAAGAACAAGAAUCUGGGAAGUGCUUAUGAUGGAGCUGACACCUACUUUAGAGGAGAUUCUGUAAAUGUUGGAGUCAGGCAAGCUGAUUUCUUGACAACUAAUGGAAUUCCUCUUAUCACGAAUAUUAGAGACCCCAAUCUUGGUACUGAAUACAUGGAACGCCAAAGAGUUUGGAAUGAUCUAAAUGAUGCUAGUCGGGAUGUCAAGCGUGACAUUAACAAAAUAGGCAUGGUUCCUAUCGCUGAAAGAGUAAUCCAGCCCUACUAUGACAUCGAAAAAGACGAUACCCCUUUAUCAGAUGAUGAGCCUGCUAAGAAAGAGUCUCCUCACCGCUUCGACUCAUUUGCACCUGUGUCAACCCCCUCAAACUCUAAAGAAGAGUAUAAAUCUGAAGAAGACCCUGUCAAGAGACAGCUUGCUAUGGCAGAAGAAGAACAAGAGAGAGCCCAAAGAGAAAAACAGAUCAGAGAGCAAGAGAAAGAGAACAAAGAGAUAGAGAACGGAAGAAGAGACCAGGAGAGAAGAGAUCAAGAGAGAAGAGAUAGAGAAAAGAGAGAAAGAAAGGAUAAAGAGAAAAAUUUCCUCCAAUAUUAUGAACCCCUUCUCAAAAAUUGGAGGAGGAGGUAA